CUGGGUCAUCGGGCAUUGGAUCGUCUGGCUCGACAGCGGGCAUCAGGUCACCAGGCAUGACAGCGGGCACCGGGUCAUCAGGCAUUGGAUCAUCUGGCUCGACAGCGGGCAUCGGGUCACCAGGCAUGACAGCGGGCACUGGGUCAUCAGGCAUUGGAUCGUCUGGCUCGACAGCGGGCAUCGGGUCACCAGGCAUGACAGCGGGCACCGGGUCAUCAGGUACCGGAUCGUCUGGAUCGACAGCGGGCACCGGGUCAUCUGGCAUUGGAUCGUCUGGCUCGACAGCGGGCAUCGGGUCACCAGGCAUGACAGCGGGCACUGGGUCAUCAGGCAUUGGAUCGUCUGGCUCGACAGCGGGCAUCAGGUCACCAGGCAUGACAGCGGGCACCGGGUCAUCAGGCACGGGGUCAUCUGGCAUUGGAUCGGCUGGCUCGACAGCGAGCAUCGGGUCACCAGGCAUGACAGCGGGCACUGGGUCAUCAGGUACCGGAUCGUCUGGAUCGACAGCGGGCACCGGGUCAUCAGGCAUUGGAUCAUCUGGCUCGACAGCGGGCAUCGGGUCACCAGGUAUGACAGCGGGCACUGGGUCAUCAGGCGUGAUAGGAUCAUCAGGCUGGAUCAGUUCAUCAGGCUGGGUACAGACAUCAGGCUGGGUAGAGACAUCAGGCUGAAGUGCGGGUGCCGAGGCACCAGGCUGAACCACGGAAGGCAGGUUCUUGGACGGCAGGCUCACCGUUUGGAUACUGGCAGGAUGGUACUGGUUGGAAAG